AUGGCUAUCUUCUGGACGUUCUUAGUUUUGGUGUCGUGCGCCAUGGCCAGUGCUACGAGCCUGGAAGAUCGCCUGCGGCCGCUGUGGACGGAGGCGGAAGCGGAGGCGGCGGCGGCGGCGCUGGCGGGGGCGGCGGGGCCGGUGGGGGCGUGCACCGACCCCGAGGACUGCGCCUUCCACAGGAGCGGCCGCGGCCGCGGCGGGCACCCCAGGGUCCUCGAGGUCGCCAUGCCCUGCCACUGCCGCCAGGAGCACUCCUUCCAGAAGCUGGGCGUGGGCCACUACCCGCAGCUGCUGCGGCAGGUGGGGUGCCGGCGCGACGCGGCCUGCUGCCUGGAGCCGUACCGCUGCCGCCAGCUCAACCACAGCGUGCUCGUGCUCGUGGACAGCCACAUCGUGCCCGACGAGCUGGACGAGUACAGCGCCGAGAAGCUGCCCAAGGAGCUGCGCGACUCGCACUGGAACUUCAAGGCCGUCAGCGUCGGCGUCGGCUGCCAGUGCGUCAUGGACGUGCUCGCCUCCUAGGCCGCAGUAUGGGACCCCGCACCUGGACUUCUGCCACAGAUGACCUCACUGCUAUGUACCUGGCCGACGUCGGUGUAUUUACGCUCCGCACGUGAAUUGAUGUCUCGCAAACACACUUUCAGUAUUAUACAUUAAUGUGAAUUAAGAAAUAAAUAAUUUUGAAACCUGAACUAGACUAGAAGUAGAUCUCUUAUACGAAAGACUGACUAAGACUG